UGUGUAUAAAACUUUUAAUUUCUGUAGCAGACAUCAUGCUUGACAAAAUACUAUAUAAUACUGUUCUUUGUCAAACGUUUUCGCCUUGUGGAAAGUAUUUGGUAGCCGGCAACAUUUACGGUCAGAUUGCUGUAUUUGAUCUUGACCGUAUAUUGAAUCCGGUGGUAGAACUUUUGACGCCCGAUUAUAAUAAACCAAAACAUACCCAUACAUUCGAUACAAACAAUCAAAUAUGCAGUCUAGCAUCUACGGAAAAAUUCCUUAUAAUCGGAUCGGUAGACGAAAUCUCUGGAUAUGAAUGGAAAUUGGCUACAAGUGUAAAACUAGGCAAGCCAUCAUGGACGUUGAGAAUACCAACAGUUUCAUCCAUGGAACAAUGUGACGUGAAUUGUCUGUGGCUGUCCGACGAUGAAGAAAAGCUGUACGCAGGUUGUGGAGAUGGCAAAGUGUAUGUCUUCAACCUAGAAGAUGGUAGACUGAUUUCGACAUAUAAUGGACAUCGUGAUUUAAUACAUUCGAUUCAUGGAAAACGAAAUCAGCUAAUCUCAGCCAGUGAAGAUGGAUCUGUCCUGCUUUGGGACAUGAGAACCAGUAAAGCCUACAAUAAACUAGAGCCGCACAAUAAUAGCAAGGUUAGCCGACCUGAUAUUGGCAAGUGGGUUGGAGCUGCAACUUUAGGGGAUGAUUGGAUUGUGUGUGGUGGCGGCCCUCGUCUAGCACUCUGGCACCUCCGCUCUCUGGACGCAGUGACAGUUUUCGACAUCCCCGAUCACGGCAUCCACGUGUGCUUCUUCCACGACGACUGCGUCUUUGCUGGCGGCGCUGCCAAACAUCUCUACCAACUUAGCUACUCUGGAGAGGUCAAGGUGGAACUCCCUGUGUCAGCUACAACUGUGUAUUCGGCAAUACUUAGAACUACACCUAAUAAGGUACUAGCUAUUGCUGGUUCUAGCCCUGAAAUUGAUCUAUGCACUACUUUUAACUACAGAGACCAAAUUUUGCAUUUUCGCUAAGUGAAGCCUAUUGAAUUGUGAAAUAAAUAAGUAAUAAAAAAAAUUAAUGGCUUUUUAUUGAACACUUAUUUCGCUUAUUAAAUGCACAAAUGUAGAUUUCUUAAUCCAUAAUGUGCUGGGUGGUCAGUUCUAC